AUGAGCUCGACACUCUACGUCGAAACAGGCGAUGGGGACGCACCCCCUGCCGAUCUGAUCUCCUACCACUCGAGAUCAGAUGUCAACCGAGUACCGAUACUCAAGACAGGCAACUACCAUGCCUGGGAACGUGGUUUGAAACUCGUUCUGGUCAACCACGACUUAUGGGGAAUAGUCAGCCUCGGCUUUUCCAAAACCGAAGCCUCCGCCCUGGGACUUGGCCUUCGCACCGGUGCGGGCCCUUAUCACGAAGGACGAAGAUAG